AUGGAUGGACAAGAUCAUUUUGAUGCAAUCCAAAACUCACUGGCAAAAUCAUACCACUGGACUCUUGCUUUGGAUAGUGGCUAUUUGGACAUUCUUGAUGAUGAUGAUGAUGAUGAUGAUGAUGAUGAUGAUAUUGCUGACAAUGCUUUCAUCCUUGUUGCCAAAUAUGAAGCAACAACUGGUCAUGAAGUUGCAUCCAAGCAAGUCCAUUUGACAACUGAACAACAAAAUCUCUUGGCAACUGCAUUGGAAAAUACACAAGAGCUUUUUGAUGACAACCUUGGACACUACAAACACGAGAAGAUCCCUUUGGAAGUGGAAGACGGUGCUGUUCCUGUCCAUUCCAAAGCGUACUCUGUUCCUGUAAAGCAUCAAGAUGCUUUUCUCAAGGAACUUUGCCAUUUGGAAGCCAUUAAUGUACUCAAAUAA